AUGUCUUUAACAUUUGCUCGAUUAGAAGGUUUUGAUAAUCCUGCAAAAAGUGGAGCUAGCUUUUUUACUUCUUGGGAUAAAAAAUAUUUUUUAAAAAGUGUCAUGUCUGAACCAAAAUGGUAUUCAAAAUUUAAAAAAUAUGAUUUGAUGGAUUUUAUAAAAUUUAUUGGAAAUAAAUUAGAACCUGAAGUUGAGAAGGAUUUUUUCUUUUUUGAUGAGGAAAAUAAAAAUUUUGAAAAAAGUUUUGAAGAAGAAAAUAAACAUUUGUUAAAUUAUCAGAGAACCCCGUCUUUAUAUUUUAAUGAAAAUGAAAGAAAAUUUAGAGGAGGAUUUUUAGAAUAUUUCGAUUUGAUAAGUUCUCUUUAUUCGGAAAAAAAAUUAUUUUUUAAAAAUAAAAGAGAAACUCUUUUACCAAAAUUCUUCCUUCUUUUUAGUUUUACUCCAUUAAAUGGGCAAUCAAAAAGUGAAAUUUUCUCAAUUCAAAAUGGUCUCUUCCCUGAAGGAACGCCAAAAAUUCAUUUAAUUUUUGACUUAAAGGGAUCUAAAAGAAUAUUACCAACUGCAGAAGGCUUAGAAAAACUUUUAAAAAAUGGGAAAAGUCCAAAUUGGACAGAAUUAAAUUUUGUUAAUGAAAAGGGAGGGGAAAAUGGAGGGUUUUUCCCUAAUGGUAUAAAAUUAAACGAAAAUGAUUUUGAAAAUUUUAGACAAAUGAUUGAAGAGGAUAGUAAGGUUGGCUUUUAA